CCCAAAUCCUAAUAUAUUCCUAUCCGCUUCGUCUUCCCUUCUUCUCAACGUCACCUCUUUUGGCAUUCCCUCGUCUCUGACUUCAUCCCCCUCUUCUAUCCCGGUCCUCCUCCCGGUCCUCCUCCCUCUUCUCGGGACGGCCCUCUCUGAUUCUUCCCAUCAACUAUCCUUAUUGCUCUCCCUAGUGGGUGCACAGUCCCCGUCCGAAACCCCCUCCCCGGUAUAAACAUAAACUGCGUUAGCCUCACUCGAGAGCCUCAGCAUUCCUUCGCGCCGGGAAUUGGUAUACACGUCUUUCGACAAACACUUGACACGUCCCACCCGAUUUUCCUGUUGGCGGGCUGACAGGGAACCCUCCAAAAUAUCCAACUGAAACCUCCCGUUCUAAUUUUUUUUUUUUUUUUCUUUUCCGUCCCGCCCUCACCUCGCCAUGUCUUCGUUUUCACCCGUCAACGACUCCUCUUCGCAUGACCGAACCAUGGGCGACGCCCCGACCCCUCGACCAGACUCGAAGAACUUGUCGCCUGUUCAGGACUCUCAGGCAAUGGCCGUGGAUCAGGACGAGCGCAAUUCUCACCCUUCAACAGCAACAACAAAUGCCAACGGCCACUCGUCACGGCCAAUCGCCUCCAAAGCCAGCGGUUCCGAGGAAACAAGAGGUGCAGCGGCUGGUGAAUCAGACGGGGAUCAUGGAGAGCGAGACGGUUCCGAGAAUGAUGCGGCGGCUGAGCCACGCAGUACUGCCGGUCCUCCGCCCUCGAAGAAGAAAAAGGGACAGCGGUUCUUCUGCACCGAUUUUCCUCCUUGCACUUUGAGUUUCACGCGGAGUGAACACCUGGCACGCCAUAUUCGGAAACACACUGGCGAGCGGCCAUUCCAAUGUCAUUGUUCCAGACGAUUUUCUCGCCUAGACAACUUGCGACAGCAUGCCCAGACAGUCCACGUAAAUGAAGAUAUCCCUGGGGAUUCGCUCGCAGCCACAGGAAUCCGAUUCCAGCGCCAGAUACGCACCGACCGAGUUCGUCCGCAAGGCAGAGCCCGAGCUGGUACCGCUGGUACCGCUGGUAGCCAGGGGACUCACAGCAGGGGCCACAGCAGAAACCUAUCGGGUUCUAGUAUUACGUCGACCGCAUCCUCCUUCAGUCAACCGGAGAUCCGACGUCGCCCGCCUCCUCUGAUCAUGGCCAACGAUGGCACCGCUAGGACACGACUGGCGGUGGACACAAUGGCCGAACCUCCCAGUACUCCGCCUAGUCAGAUUCACGGAAUUCCUGGUCCAUCCGCUGCAGGAUCCCCCUACGCGACACCCAUGUUUGUCGCUAACGGUGGUAGUCCCCAUUAUGCGUCUCCCAUGUCCACAGUAUCCUCGGCCUUUUGGGAUGGAAGGACUCCCACACGCCGUUUGUCAGUUCCGUCCGGACCGAAUCCUUUUCUACAACACCAUGCUGGCACCUAUCCUCCACCUUAUGCCCAUACAUCGCCGUAUUCAAACGCCGGGGUAUAUGCAAGUCCCACGAGCACCCACCAUUCUGAAGCGGCCGGCCUCAGCGCUGCCGAGGCUGAAUUGCGAAGGCGAACUUGGCACCCGUCUACUUAUUCUACAUUACCUAGACCGGUCUCCAACGGUGGUCUGGGUGGCUACCAGGCACCCGAGACCCUUCAGCCAGCAUUUGGACUGAAUGGGUCUGCGGAACCACCACCAAGGCUCCCCGGAAUAGAGAGUUUUGACAAGGUCCUAUCGCAGCAGCGGCCUUUGACUCCUCCUGCGCGGAAGCGGACGCCGAUGGACAUCGACAGCAGCAACAAACCACCGCCACCACUGCAGCCAUCGUAUCCGGCUUUCGGGGGAGGAUUUAUCUACUCACAGCCCUCUGUUCGGCCACCUCCCCCGAUUUCCGGCCCUGGCCACAGGCGUGGCCAUGUCUCCUGGGACGUGACUCUACACCGGAACCUAACUGGGUUGGAAAUUGCGGAUCGAUCGCACAAGGAUGCGUCGCACUGGGGCCAGCAGACCAUUGCUGAAAUUCAAAAUGUCUCGUCUGGUCCAUCUCCCUCGUACCAGCCAUCGUCGGCCCAAAGCAAGCCGACUGGCUAUUAUGCUGGCUCUACUCCUGGCACUGCUCCUGGUCCUCUAGCGGCCACACGUACGUCACCGGAGGAUUCGAGUAGCAGUGAGGGUGCUCCUACGCCAUCCACUGCGUCUCUCGAGUACCAUCCGGCCAUUGUGCAUAGUAGCGGAUACGUCGAGCCACAUCAACACGCAAUCCCUCCUGAAGUUCCACAAUCAGUAUGUAAUGCGCUUUUCAGGGGCACCAGAUCCAAACGCUAAUUAUCUGACAAACACAGGUUUGCGCCACUCCCUCGGUAUCUCAUCCAGGUAAUGAUCAUGCGAAUCUUGGUCAUUCCACACAGCCUGAGCUUUUCUCCAAUUCCUCGACCGAGCGUUCAGGCAUGGGAAGGUUGGAGGCUCUUGUGGCGGUUGCGACUCGCGAGAACCAGCAUGCUACGAAGUUAGUCCUGUGAAUUGGAAUCACUUUCUAUUUUCUUUUUACAAGACACAGACCCUUCCCAUCGGAGCAUGCCUCUUUGGGGUGGUUUCUCGAGUUUUAUCACGUCGCCCAAAGUAAGAAACUGGGCUUUUCUUUUUCUUUUUCAUAUUCCUGAUAAUAGUCUAUUCAAGAUUCAUGUGGUCUCAUGGUAUUCAGCUCUUGCAUUAUUGAUGGCUCGUUGGGUAUGGUAUGGGGAGGACUCAUCACGACGUGACGACUCAUGAUUGACGCAAAAAGAUAAUUGGCAUUCCACUUCGACAGGGGGCUUCUGUUGCAGCAGGAUCUUGCUAGGGAGCCCAUCUUAGUUCUUCAUUGGCAUGUUCCGGUGUUGCUUCGGCCACAUGCGCAGGGAAUGAGCAAUGGGCCAAGCUACAUUCUCGCCUGUUGGGCGAGGUUACUAUGCUGGACUGCGGUUUUGCCUUCAUGCUAUACGGUGGAUGGGGUUGUCUUCAUUACUCCGCCGCCACGCAUUUCCGGGUUGUCCUGCUCUGGUUCUAUAUAUUGGCUGUUGUUUCCAAAUCGGUGUCUUUUUGAAGUCAUUUUUUUCUGGUUUCGAUUUUCCUGGUUUCGAUUAAUGUCUUAGUAUCAUGCUCUUUUUUUUUUUUUUGGUUUUAUCCUUUCAACAUAUUAUUACGGUGCACGUUCUGUUUGCAUUUGGAGGCCAGCAAAUUGCAGAUUAUGACUUAGGGAGGAAUGGACAGGGGCGGCGGCGUUGGGCCUUGCUUUCAUCUGGGGCAUUUGGAUUUGGCUUAGAUUUCAUUUCGGAAUGACAGCGUCGAGUUGAUUCAUGUUUUCCUGGACUGCGUAGGUUGGUUCUGGAUAAUUCGGCAUUGUGCACUGGCAUUAUAUGAGCUCAUGUGUACGUAUAGCACCCUGGAUAUGUAUGGAAUAAUGGACAUGAUGGAUGGUUCUGGCUAUGACUAUUAGUGACGUCGACCUGGUCGCCUGCACUGGGGAAGGGAAUGUGGAGGAAGCUUGCUUGCUUGCCUAGCCAGGGCAGAGUGCAGCUUCGGGUUGCUGAAAGCAGCUGUACUUACGACGUAUUCAUUUACUUGUAGGUAUUCUAUGAGGCUUUCUGUUCCCG